GUCUGAGCGGUGGUUCCGCCUAGUCGGGCGAUGGGUCCGCAGUGCCGCCGUCUGUUCGGUUUCCGCGUGUGCUCGCCGAAGAGGCGGAACUAGGACGCGGAGUCUCAGGUUUCCCCCGGGACGGCCGAAAGCCGGGAGUCCUCGGUGCCUGCGAGGGACGGAAGCCGAAGAUGAGCUGCACAAUUGAGAAGGCACUUGCUGAUGCUAAAGCCCUUGUUGAGCGACUGAGAGACCAUGACGACGCAGCAGAGUCUCUCAUUGAGCAGACCACGGCCCUCAGCAAGCGCGUGGAAGCAAUGAAGCAGUAUCAGGAAGAAAUUCAAGAACUUAAUGAAGUUGCAAGACAUCGCCCGCGCUCCACAUUAGUUAUGGGGAUCCAGCAAGAAAACAGACAAAUCAGAGAACUGCAGCAAGAGAAUAAAGAACUCCGCACAUCCCUAGAAGAGCAUCAGUCAGCCUUGGAGCUUAUAAUGAGCAAAUAUCGAGAACAAAUGUUUAGACUACUGAUGGCUAGCAAGAAAGAUGAUCCAGGUAUAAUAUUGAAGCUAAAAGAACAGCACUCCAAGGAGUUACAAGCCCACGUUGACCAGAUAACGGAAAUGGCAGCAGUAAUGAGGAAGGCUAUUGAAAUCGAUGAACAGCAGGGUUGCAAGGAACAGGAGCGAAUAUUUCAACUUGAACAAGAAAACAAAGGCUUGAGAGAGAUCCUCCAAAUAACUCGAGAAUCGUUUCUGAGCCUCCGCAAGGAUGAUGCGUCCGAGAGCACGUCCUUGUCAGCGCUGGUGACCAGCAGCGACCUGAGUCUGAGGAAGAGCUGAGCGGCUGUCAGGUGCGGCUCCUCGCUCUGUGCAUUGCGCCGCGUGGCCCCCAGGACUGGCCCCGGCGCAUGAAUGAACGAGCAGCAAACUGUUUCCGUCAACCCGUCCCCCCUCUGUAGUGCGCACAAGUGCGCUGGCCGAGAAAAUGUCUAGUAGUGGUCAUAAACUACACUCCCCGCCGUUCCGAGACGCAGAGGCCGAGCUGCCGCUGACGGUGGACAAGGGGAAGGCGUUCCGUGACUGCAGCGCAGCAGCCCGUUGAGCAGUACAUAAGCAGACUUGGACACUCCCAGUAAUGCCUGGGGCAUGCAUAAAUAGUCCACAUUUAGGCGCUGGGAAGAUGACAUAGAGGUUAAAGACGCUUGCAUAGUGUUACCCGUACUUUAAAGUGUGAGUUUGCCCGUGGUUUAUGAGUACAAGUUCCUCAUGCCACGGUUUACCCUUCCUGUCUGGUGUCAGCCAGUAGAGCUAAGACCAGGAGGCUCCAGCUAUCUUCCCAUUUGUUUGAACUCUCUGUCAAAGGCAAUUCAGGUUUAAAGCUGUAGGAAUGUUUUAUAUGCACAACAAAAGAGGCGGUUAGUUAAUAGCUAACUUGCCAGCAAUUACCUAUGACUUAUGAGUAUGAAAUAGUUCAGGAAUGAAAGAGAAGGAAGAUUACUUUCUAAGAAAGACAAUCUUAUAAUUUCUUACAAUAGACACAUUUAGUAGGUUAAACUACUUGAAAGAAUUGAGUUUUGGUUCUUGGUUAAUAAUGAAAACAAGCUUUUACUCCUUUUUUUUUUUUUGCUGAUAGUUAAGAACUGACUACAGUUCAUUCAGCUGACAGUUGCAAUGUUUGAUGCAGCAAGAUAGGUAUGCACAUCUCAAAUUUGGAAUUCCUUUGGCUCAAGGAAUCUUUUUUUCCCCCUUUUUUUGUAAUUAACUCUUAAAAUACCUAAGUACUAGAUUCAAAUAUUUUAAAAAAUGCCCAGGAUCUAUUUUAGCUCCUUCUGGUUCUCAUAACCUGUAUGGUUUUUUUUCUUAAAAUCUUUCAUUCAGAAAGGGGGUAUAAAUCUUUAGACCUACAAGUGUUUGUUUUCUUUUGUUUUAAAAAAAUGACAUAUUUUUAACGUGUGUUUUUAAAAGCUACCAGAUACAGAAAUCUGCUUUAACACCAGUUGAAGCCUAAAUUUUCCUUAUUUUGUAGUGAUUAGAAGACUGAGUACCAAGCAUGAUUAAACAUAUUAUAUUUAUAUUAAUAACAUGCUAAAAUUAGCACAAAUAAUUCUACUUUUGAGUAUGUGUUAAUGGUUUUUACAUAUAAUUUCAUAUAAUGGUAAACUACUUUUCACUUCAGAAAUUUUCUGUAUGUUCAGUUUAGAAUGAGUGGGUGAAUGGGGAUUAUCAGGAAAGGGCUAAUGGCCCAAACAUUAAAGAUUUCUCAUUCAGAGGCCUUAACUAGUGUUUUACAAGUGAAGGUUUUUUAUUUUUAAGAUUUUUUUUUUUAUUGGUUUUUAGGAAAGUUCCCUAACUUAAUGACACAUUCUUUCAUAUAGUUUUACCCCAGGUAAGAGAGAAAAUAAGCUACACAGUUGAGAGGAAGUCUGCGGCAGCUCUAUUAUAAGACAUUACUUGAUAAUUAUUUUUAUAAAUACAUAAGUUAAUUUAUUGCUUGGAUAUAAUUUCAAGGUCAUAUAUGCUGAGAGACACUUACUUGUUUUUGGCAACAGUUUUCCAUCCCUGUUUUUUUUUUUUUUUUAAUAGAACUGUAAAUUUAUGUCUGAAAAUAUGGAAUGAAUAGGAGCCUAUUUUGUCAAUAAAGAUGAGUGUUUAAAAAUGAA